AUGUCUCAGCAAGGCUUCCUGAACUUCUGCUUUGUGAGAACCCUACCCACAGGAAUUUUUGCCCCCCCAUCUUUCGCCGAAACCCAACAGGCUCAAUCAACUCAAUCUACUAUCAUUGAACAAAUCCAACUGAACAAUGAACCAUUCUUCAUCUUCGCAGAACACGCCCCAUACAACAAACAAUACACACCCCGAUAUGACUACAUCCACUCAAGGAUUGUCCUCCAGGAAUCAAACGCCAGAAUAAACCUGAACUAUAUGUUAUGGGUAGUUAGUAACGCCCUCACCAUCGCUAUUGAACGGAUCAAACAAAACACCAACCAGAUCAACCGCGAUAACACUGCCAAUGAGACAGUAAAGGUUAUCUAUGCGGUCAGCUGUUUGGAGGGAAGAGCCAUUGAUCAGGUCAGACCACUUGUUGAUGCCAAUCCUGUUGACUUCUUUUCCUCCGUCACCUUCUUCGUCGACCACAUGGAAGCCUCGUUUAGAGACCUAAACACCCGAAGUACCACCCACCACCAACUCGUCCCCAUGAGGCAAAACAAAGGAGACUUUGCCACCUACUACUCGCAGUUCAUCAGAAACGUAUCCCACUUGCAUUACAACAAAGGAGUUAAGAUUGACGAAUUAGCGGAAAGAUUGUCGGACAGACCCAAUAUGGUGGAAGCAUAUGCGACCAUGUCAAUGACGAUCGACAACCACAUGUAA